AUGGCCGAUACUCCUCUGCAGUCUAUUGAGACCGAUUCGCCCGAUGCACUUGACACCAUCUACCAGAUGAGCGUGGGCAGCCCCAUCAAUGCGGCCAUGACCGGGUUUAAAGAUGAGACAGCACCUUCCAAUGAAGCCACCUUUGACCAGCCCGUUGACACCAACGACAGCAACUUGGACAAGUCACGGCAGAUCAUGGAACAACCGUCAGAAGUGUCGAAUCAAGUCGUCUCUGAGCGCGGGGUUGCUAUGGAUGCUUUCAGCUCUUCGUCACUACCACUCCAGACACCGAGUCCCUUGCCCAAGAAGCGCGGUCGCCCUCGCAAGCAAUCACUUCCGGGCACUACAUCAAAGGUUUCAAAUGGCCAAGUUGUGGUUGCCACUCCCCCUCGUAAGCGCGGGCGUCCGCCCAAGUCGGCCUCCAAGAAGACCAAGUCACCGACCCUGAACAUGCCCACUUCAGAAGACAGAAGAAGCAUCCCAUCCAUCCAUCGUUCCAACCGAGCAAAAGACAAAUUACCCAAGAAACUAUUUGAUUCUUCAAACUACCAAAAAGUUCCUCAGACAACAACAGCAACAACAACAACAACCACCACCAAAAAUGGGAUGUCUGAAGACUUGGGAAGUGGAAUGGGUAUGAUGACCAGCUCAACUCCGUUCCCUGCUCCUGCUGGAUAUGGAAGUAUGGCACCCACUGGCUUCGACAUACCUUAUUCCGGCCGCAAAUACAGCACUGGAAAGAACGCGGUCAAUGGGUUUCAGUCAAUGACAUCCGACACUGUCAUCAUGGCACCAUCACCAUUGCAGUGUCCAUCAUGCAACAUGGUCAAGGGCAUCAUACAGGACAUCUUAUUUCAACACUCGGUACAAGAGCAGGACGUUUGGGUGAUACCUCAGCUCGCAGCUGUCGAGUUGCAUCGUUACUUUGGUGGAGGCACUCCAUUCCCUCAGAAAGACGUCCUCAUCCCCGCCGAAAAGGUAGAAAUGAUCCGUCAUCUGAUCUUUGAGAGUGGCAAAUAG